AUGGACAAUUUACAAUGGCGACCGAUAAUCAUCGUCACGGUCCUGAUAACCCUAACAGCCUCAUCACCGGUGACCGCUGACUCCCUGAUGGGUGGUCACCUGGACAACGAGCCAACAUCUCCCACCUCGGAAGACACACAUCAUCAUCGUCCCAGCAUUCCGCCAUUAGCUUUCAACGGUGGUCAGCCAUUCUCCCUGGAGAAGGAUCCCGUUACCGGGCAAAUCGACUUUGGCAAGGCACCACCAUUUAAAGCCCUCAAUUACACCGGUUCUUACGCCAGCGAUGAUGUACAUAAAGAGGAAAGCGAGACUGGGAAUGAAGAAACCGAGAAUGACGCCAUAAUCAACAGCAAGAGCGAGGAGGAUCAGCCGAUGCCGAACGAGAUAAACCCGUACUCUCCAAGUUUUCACGAUUACCUGAACCUUCCGGUGCGCUACAACGAUCACGAAAAGUACACGAGCGACAAGUAUCCGCUGAUCUCCAAUUCCUACGCGAAUACGAAGGUCCAAGGGGGCUCCUCCGGUUACAAAAUCUACAACGCCUUGAAUCACAAGAACUACAACAGCAUAAGCUACCCGGGGAAGGCUUCGACGUCGCAGUCAUACUCCAACACGCGAACUCCCUUCGUCCCUCGGACGACGAAGCGUCCGACCACGACAGCCAGAACAACCAGAACUACCACAACAACGACGUCAACAACAACAACAACAACAACAACUACAGCUAGACCAACAACGACAACGCGAGCUACGACGGUUACGAAGAGGCCGACAACUGCCGAGCCCGUUACGACGUGGAAGCCCCGGCCAGUAGAUCGUUACCCCAUGGAUUACGACGAAGACGUCAUGCUGCCUAUUGAGAAGAUGCAGACGUCGGGGAACGGAGGGGAUCACUUCGUGUCCUUCCCGAAGUUCGAUUAUGACGAGGGGUACGAUUAUCUUCACCAGGAGCCGUCAGCGCCGUCAUCAUCAUCGACGACUACAAGUAGACCCUCGACAACCACAACGACAGCAAGGCCUAGCACCACUACAACUCCAACAACAACUACAACAACAACAACAACAACAAUGAGAACUACCGAAGCUCCGACUACGGAACCCCCCAGAGGGUCCCAGAGCCCCCUCGUCAACAACCAGAGGCCCCCUCCGGUGAAUGCAGUAGUCAAUGGUCACCAGAACUACCCCAGCUUCAACCCCGAUGGUCCCCAGAGCUACCCGGGAUUCAAUCCCCUGGCUGUCGAGUCCUCCAGCAAUGUAAUAGUCCCCCCAGACCAGGACACCAUCUCCUUCGUCCUGGGGAACAGGCAGAAUGUCCAGGGGUCCUACUACGGUCACGGAAGCGCAGUGGCGGAGUCGCCCUACGGCGACGCCGUGGUAACCCCCAACAGAAUGGACACCAGCUACGACCACAAUCUGAAGAUCGGAGUGCCCUCUCCGGAGGUGCAGGCCCCUCAGGACGUUCCCAAGAUUCCCUCCGGGUUUCAAUUCCCCCAGAGGGAUGUUGUGAACAGCGGACAGAAGUGGUGGUUCAAUAACGAUCAGUCCGAGAAGACUCAGAGUGUCGACGAUAGCGAUAAGGACAAUCGAGUUAAUGUGGCCGCUGGGUACAGGGUCGUCUUCCCAACGUCGGAGCCCUCGACCUCCCCGAAUUCGGUGGUCUCGAGUACUGACGUCACCACGACGACUGUGGGGCCCUCAGGGGUGCUGGGGGCACUGGGAUUUUCGGAAUUGUCGGAUGUGCUGGUGCCACCGGCUGUGGACAGGCCCGUUCGUCCGCAGGGCCACCCCCCCGUGCACGCACACCCCCCAGGUCACCCCCAGGGCCAUCCGCACCCACCGGGUCACCCCCCCAACGGCCGACCGCAUUACCACUACCACUCGCGCCCGCUGGACCUUCCCAACCGCAUCCCGAGGCCACCGAAUACCUUCAAGAUUCGACCGCCGUUGGACAUCAACCUCCCCAACAUCCUCCCGCAAUUCCGGCCGAACGUGAAGACCUCCCAGAGACGGGGGAGCGAAGCCAUCGGGACCAUGAUCAUCUCGAGCCCUCAGAAAUACCCGACGAGGGUGUCAGUGAGACCUACGUUGCACCCGCCGCCCUCCCACAGGCCCCCGAGGCUCCCCCCACAGCCGGUCUCCCCUCUUCAGAGGUUGAAACCCCCGCCACCACCGCUGCCCCCGCCGAUCUACGCGCUGAGACUGCCGUCCCCCGAGGCUUUGGUGGACCUCCGAGGGCCGGAGGAGCACCCCCAGAAGGACAUUCCCAUCCGGAGGAACGCCGGGGAGGGCCUCAUCGACGAGCGAAAUCGCGGUGGGCAAGUUAUCAAGUCAAGGCUGAAUGACGAGAACUCGGAUAAAUUGGAGGGGCCCCUCCCCCCGCGCCCUCCCAAAUUCUUCGAGCGUAAAAGUGGAAACGACACGAGGGUGACGACCCUCCAGAUGAUCCAGCAUCACGGGGUUGACGUCGAGGGGCUCGACAGAGAGGACAUGCAGGGGGACCAGCCCCAGGGGGAUCACAACGACAGGGGGGUCAAGGGUGGUGCGGAGGAAGUGGCGCCUGUCUUCGUGGUCUACCCCGUGAAGGGGGCCAUAGGCAUUCACGCGGAGGGAGAUGAGGACAAGCAUCUGGAGGAGAGCGUGGUGGUGGGGACUCACGGAGGGGAGAGGCCCCUGCCCCCUGACACUCUCUCGAUAUCCCCGGGGGACGAGGAGGGGGAGGAGGAGGAGGAGGUCAAGGUGCCCGGCAAGCUCGUCGUCUCGGACUUUCCUUAUCCCCUUGAGCGACCCGACCCCAGCAUGUUCAUCACUCCCGUGAAGGAGAGGCCCCUGCUGGUGCCCAGCGAGCAGGAUCAGGACGAGGAGGAGGAGGGGAUCGUCAAGGACACGAGCAUCAAUGUCAUCCCGUACCUUCAGGAUCACGUGCCCUUCGCCAUCAAGACCAACGCCAUCUCCACGACGUUGCACCUCGGGUCGAGCCCUCCGGGCGCCUCCUCGGGGCCCUCGCAGGGUGGCUCCACACCCAUUGCCUUCGUAUACACGCCGACAGUGAGGCCCCAUCAACCCCCCGAGUCCAGUGAGGUUUAUGAACGGAAUCCCGUACUUCUACCCUCCCAACAGCCGUCCAGCUCCUCGAGCUCGGCGCCUUCUCCCCAGAAUUUCAUGGCGCCGUUUUUCGCUAGUGUCAGCGCCGAGGUGCCGUCCAGGGACGGGUGGAGCGUCGUGACGCUCAGGCCCGCGAGGGGAGAGGGUAAGACUGCUGAGGCCGAAAACAGGGUUGUCGAGGAGGGGAAGGGCGAGGCUGAGGAGAGGGGAGGAAACUCCACGGCUUCUGGGGCUGAUGCCCCUGAAGAGGGCGAGGAGGGGGGGCUUCAGACCGAAGCCAGUGAAUUUGAUGCUGAAAAUUUUAAGCCCCAGUUGUUCGGGGGGUUCCAACCGAUUCUAGAGUUCCCGACGGACUCCGCGGAGGUGCCCAGCGAACUCAGGAAUAAGGAGGCCGUGGGGGUGAUGGAGAAGCCCAGGGGGGUCAAGGAGUCCGCCCCGAGGACGUCGUAUGGGGACUGA